AUGGGACGAGGGUCUGGAUUGGAUAGAUCGAGCCGAGGAUAUUUUGGUCGAGAAAGAGAUGGCGUAGAUCAAAACUUCAGCUCACUCAAGUUGACAAUACCAUCUUUUCAAGGCAAGAGUGAUCCUGAUGCGUACAUACAAUGGGAAAGAAAGCUUGAGCUCGUAUUCGAUUAUCAUUAUUAUUCCAAGAAGAAGAAGGUGAAGCUCGCCGUCGAAGCGUUCAUUGACUAUGCAAUUACUUGGUGGGAUCAAUUUGUCUUAACUAGGCGCCGCUGUGGUGAACCACCAAUUGAUGAUUGGGAGUCCAUGAAGGCAGUUAUGAGGAAGAGGUUUGUUCCUGCUCAUUAUUAUAGGGAAUUGAAGAUGCAAAGCUCGAGGCAAGUUACUAAGUCAGAAGAACGGAGUUCGCCGAGUUGGGAAUCGCAAAUGAGUUAUCCAACGAGCAUGGUGAGAGAAUCGGUGCAAAAGCCUAAAAGAGAGAAAUCAAAAACCGAGCAGCAAUUCAAGACCAAGAGAGGAGAGUGUCCGAGCAAGCAAUUCGUGAACUUGUGGUCCAACAUUGAGGAUGAAUCUACAAAUGAGAAAAAGAUUAUUUACGUGUCACCACCUCAGAGGAAUGAUAACAUUGAAAUUCCCAUGGAGGAAAAUGUUCAAGACAUCGUCGAAAGCAUUGGUGCAAAAAUUGAAGGGAUGCAAGACGAUAUUGUUGAGUUGCAGCCCAUGGAGGAUGAAAAGUGCAUAACAGCCCCACCACUUGAAGAAGAAAUGGAAGCGGUGCCUACAGAGAUGCUUCAUCCAUCCUCUAUACAGAGGUUGGACACAUUGGGAACUCGAGCUACAAAAUAUCCAUGUUCGUACACAUUUCAAUGGCUGCAAGAUGGUGUGUUCUGCGAUGUGGUGCAACGAUGUGUUAAGAUGCUCCAUGACAAAGAAUUGGAAGACGCGAAAGCGUACGAGUUUAAAGACAUUAUUCGAGCUGUCAAUGGAGAGUAA